CUCUCUCAGCACAAAGAUGCAGUGUUACUGCCUUAGUUUCAAAGCAGCCCUGAAUAAAAAUGCCGUCUGGUUCAGACGCUGGGCCUAUCAAAAGAUUUAUUGAGAAGAAGUCCCAUUGAUUGUCAGGCACAUGGAAACCUUAGGAACACCAUAGCGAUCGCUCUGUAAUUACGGUAUCUAUGGGGCUGUGUGGAAGAGGAUCUCUAAGAACCCACUGGAAUUUCAGCAUUUCUUUUAAGAUAUAUUAAUGCAUCAUCUUCUUUUGGAUUUUCGCAUUUAGAAUGUUCAGUGCUGGGGAGGUGAUACAUUCUGAGUUACACCCAACAUCUUAAGGAGAACGCAGCUGGCCAGGCGAUGUGAGUCUUUGGUGUCAACUCCGAUGGACGAUGUCAUGAGGAGCCACUGUCAAUGCGGGGUGUCUGAUGAGUCACGAGAACAAUGGUCAUGCAUCAUCUUUUCAGUCUUGUUCUUGGGCAUAGAGACCUGUCUCGGGCUGGAGAUCUGUUCUCUCUGGAAGACGCUGAGAUUGAAGGCUGCUUGUCAGAAGCUCUUGAGGAAAUCAAAGCUAUAUCUUGCUCCCCAGACUACCUGACAAAUGACAACGACCAGGCUGUGGUGGAGAUCUGCAUCACUCGAAUUACAACGGCCAUCCGGGAGACCCACUCCAUAGAGAAGCAUGGAAAAGCUCUGGUGUCGCUGUGGGAAUCAUGCCUGGAGUACAACCUGAAACCAGAGGGGAAGGAUGAAGAUACACCUCACGCUAAAAUAGCCUCUGACAUCAUGAGCUGCGUCUUGCAGAAUUAUGACCGCCCUCCAGUCAUGGCUCUAGCAGUGCCAGUCGCCGUGAAGUUUCUCCAGAGGGGCAGCCGGGACCUCUGCCGAAACAUGUCAAGUUACCUCUCUUUAGCCGCCAUUGCAAAAGCAGACCUGCUGGCCGACCACACUGAAGCCAUUACGAAAAGUGUGCUCCAAGGUAAGGCUACCUUUGUUAGAUUCAAGAGCCGGGAGUUGAGCUCCUCUGUCCCCUCGUUAAUCAGCUACCUAAAUGACCCCAGCGUGAAUGACUCCAUCCUUAAUGUACUGGUAGAAAUUUCGCUCUGUAACCCCUCAGUUGUUGCCCAUUACCUUCCUAACCUAAAGGCAGUUGGAAACGAGUUUCCGAAUCUCCUUGGACAAAUUGCAAAACUCUAUGGUGCUGUGGGACGCACUGACGAGGAGCAGGCCAGGAGCUGUCUUGUGUACCUUGUGACUACCCUGGCCAACAUGGAGCACGCAUUUCACCACACACUCCUGCUGGAGAUCAAGGGCAUCACGGACGCCUUCAGCAGCAUCCUGGGAGCCUACAGCAAGGACGUCUACCGCAUGAGCAACAGCUUCACGGCCAUAGCCAAGCUGCUAGUUAAGAAGCUGGAAUCUGACCGUUCCCUCUCCAGGGUUGAGGACAAGGCUGAAGAUCCGCCCAAGGCCUGCGACGUGAACCCGACUGUCAAGCACGAUGGUGAAAGUGAGAAGCUGCAGGUAAAGAUCCAGGCUUUUGAGGAGAAAAUGAUGAGUGAGAACAGCACGCCAGGGCCUGUCCGCAGAUACAGCCUCAGCCAGGCCGCCAAGGAGGAGAGGAAAGAAAUGAGGUUUAACAGGUCAAAAAGCCUGGCCCUUCAUGUAGUGCGUUCAAAAUCAAUGAACUCGGAGCACAGUCAGGAAGAGGACGGCGGAGACCUGCCAGCGGAGGUGUGUUUGUCAGAGAGGUCACCGAGCCAAGAAAGCUGCAGGCUGCCAUUGGGAUCAGACCAAGAGGAACGUCCCGCAGAGGCCCCUGCAGGGCAGGAGUCCUGCGGCACAGCUGUGCAAGGGAACAGUUCAGCAGACAGCGUGAGAGAGAGUUGUCAGGGUGGCAACGCCCAGACUGACGCACUCAACGGGCAGAAUGAAGAUCGACUGUGUCAGCACCUCAGAGACAACCUCAGCAAAAUGAAGGCCUUUUCCGCUGAGAUGGUAAAACAGAUUCCAGUUCCAGAGCAAUGCAUUAUCGAAGAUUCCAUUAGGAGCUGUGUUGCAAAGCUCUUUUUCUCUUGUCCUAUGAAGGGACAGUACUGUCUCUACAGCAAGUCCAGUUUCUCUCUCAGCAGCAGACAGCCCAGAGUCUGGAUCCAAAUCAUGCUCUUGUACCGGCAGAGUAUGUCUUGUGAGCCUCUGGCUUCUGAUGACAAAGCGGUGCAGCUUCUGAAGUCGAUGUGGGAGAAGACUCAGCUAAAGGGAGCACACAGCUUCGAAACUGCCAUGAUGCAAUCUGCUUUCCCCCACAAGAAGGACCUGGAAGCCCUGCACACGCGUUUGGAAGAGGCGCGUUUUUAUGACUUGUUUGGCUACAGUGAGGAAACGGGAGGCUGGCUGUGUUUCAUGUGCAACAAUCCCGAAAAGGCAACAGUGGUAAACCAGGAUGGGCAGCCUCUCAUUGAAGGCAAGUUGAAGGAAAAGCAAGUCCGGUGGAGGUUCAUCAAAAGAUGGAAAACCCGUUACUUCACUCUGGCGGGAAACCAGCUCCUUUUUCGGAAAGGAAAAUCGAAAGACGACUUGGACGACAGCCCCCUUGAGCUCAGCAAGGUGCAGAGUGUGAAGGCGGUGGCGAAGAAGCGCAGAGACCGCAGUCUUCCCCGGGCCUUCGAGAUCUUCACCGAGAGCAAGACCUACGUUCUCAAGGCCAAGGACGAGAAGAACGCGGAGGAGUGGCUGCAGUGCAUCAGCGUCGCCGUUGCGCAGGCGAAAGAGAGAGAGAACCGAGAAUCGAUGACGUAUCUUUGAACUAAUCCCUGCCUCUCCUUGUAGACACGAGCCAAGGAGCCCUUUGCUUAGUGGUUUUGUACUUCACAGGUAAAAACACUUCAACUCAAAGAGUUACUUAGUAUGUAAAAUGAAAAAAAUUGACUCUUGACAGAGUUUUUCAGGCUAAUAUAUAACAUUUUUAUCUUUAGUCAAACAUGUUGAUUAGGAAAUGCACAGGAACUUAGAAUACAAACUAUGAUUCUGAAUAGAAAGACGUCUACUAACAAAGAAGCCUAAUUUUCCUUCAGUUCUUUGUCGUGUUACACAAAAAAGAAUGGUUUAAGUUGUACUCAUCAUUACAUACACUGUUAUUUGUGAUUAUUAAAAAACAGUACAUAUAUUAAUUUGCAUUUAGGCCUUUGUUAAUAGAAUUACCUUCCAAUGACACAUUAUGUAAUUUUUGAAUUACAAACAUAUUAAUCCCAGUUGUGCAAUGACAUUUUUUAUGAAAAUGACCAAUGUUUCUUAAUUGUCAGCGAUUAGUUUGUGUUGGAAGGGUGAAAACAAAUUACACAAUCCUUUCCAUCUGGAAAAUAACACCAUAAUUUUAUCAUUCCUUUCAUUCAUACUGGUAAACAACAUUUAAAAAGUGGAGCAGAAAAUUGGUUAGAUUAAUCGGUUUUAAAAAAGUGUUUUUUUAUGUGUGUGUUUGUUCAUUAAAAUCAUUGCAGAGCCGUCUUAGCAUCCUGAUGGUCUUACUGUUUGUUAAGCUGGAGUCAGGAAAAGCUGUUUGCUGCUGUCAUUUGGCUGUGUAUCACAGCAGAACCUACAGUAUAUGUUGCCCUUGCUUAAAGUUUUUUUUUCAUCCUUAAAUGCAGCUCAGGAGAUUACAAUACAGUCUUUCUGUACCAUAAUGUACAGUACCAAUGACUGACAAGGUGCUGGGGUGCCCUGGCACUUUGAAUCUUUUCCACAUUAAGUAUACAGUAUCAGGAGCCUGUUUUUCAUUCUUUUCAAAGGUUAAAUACAUUUCAUUUAUAAGAGGACAAGAAGGAAGCAGAGCCCAAAGAAAUAGCAAGUAACCAGAUUCACACUUAUUAAUGAAUCGGUUCCACACUGAAUCUUUCUACCAAACACAGAAUGAAACCUUGUUUGGGAUUGAAGGGGUGUUAAAGAAUGUCCACUGAAAAAAAAACAACCUUUUUUUCCUUAUUGCUCUUCACCAUUCGUUCCUGCUGUGCUGAUGAGCUUAUUCUAAUAUUGAGUCCACCAAAUAACUUCUCAUUCCUAAAGUCCUCUUAACAGAGUUCCACAACUUAUCCAUUUGACAGUAUUGCAGUUUUUCGCAGACCUCUCCCAUCCUCAUCUCGUCUCCUGUGUAUUUAUGAGACUUUGGAGUAAGGAUCAGGAUUAUACCCAUUGUACCUUUCCUGGGGUGAAAAUGAGUGCUUAAUGUCAGUGCUCAGUAAGUGUGUAAUAUCGGUUAACUCUUCGCUACUCCUGUCAAUACUGGAAACAUGUGAACAGCUAAACAAUUAUACAAGUAUGUUCAAAAGCAGUUUCAAGUUAGAUUUUAUAGUGACCAGUAUUUCACCUUCGUUUCACUGCCCUGACCCCACAUGGACAAUAAGCAUUGAAUUUCAUCUCAAAUGCACAAUUUAAUGUUAAAAUCCAGUGCUCGAGUAAUGCUGAAUCUACAUAUUGCAACUUUCAAUUUAAGUGCAAUUUAAACAUUCUGACCUGUCUCAUUGUAUCCUAGUAAGCAUUGAGCCACCCUUGCAAGUACUUAAGUGAAGUGGAGUAAAGAAUUAAGAUGGCUCACUAGUCAACCUCAUCAGACAUAACUCAAACUAAUGACCUCACACAUGUUUGUGCUAUUGUGGAAGUUACUCCUUAGUGGGUUUAUGAUUUAGUGCCUUUGUUACGCUGCCUUGCAGAUGAAAACGGUUUUACGUUAUUCUACAGGCAAUUCAACAAUACCUAAUUUUGAGCUUACUUAAAUGUAUACUGAUAGGAUAAGCAUUGUAAAAAUCAUUGGGAAUUACAGUGUUCACUUCAUAAACUGUUUAAGCAAUGUCAUUUGUAUUUAUAAAUAUUCUAAAUGUAAUUUGGUUUAGUUUUCUAAUAUAUGCCUGAAUAUUUAGAUUGACAUUUGAAAUCCUGGACUGGAUUUUUCUUAAUCUGCAGUAGUUGUUUUGGUUUUAAAAUCACAUUUAAACUUUUAAUGUAG